AAGAUAUUAAGAGGGGCGAGGCUUGGAAAGAGGGUGUGUCAACCUCUAUUCAAAUACAUUUGUGUCUGUGCUCUCUUCUCAAAUCCCUCUCUUCCAACCUCUCUACCUACACAAGUUCUCAUACAAAUUUGCCACCAUGUCACAGCUCAUGAAGGCAAUGGAUCUCCUCAGGGCUAUCUUCGAUAAGUACGCUGGAAAAGAAGGAGCCAAAGAUACUUUGACCAAGAAAGAACUUGCUGAACUGCUCCGCGCAGAGUUAGGUGCGCAAGAACCUCAAGGCAAAGCUGAAGUGGAAAAAUUCUUUGGCAUGCUGGAUAAUGAUGGGGACGGCGUUGUUUCUUUUGAGGAGUAUGUCAGUUUUGUGGCAGCCCUCACUGUGAUUAUAAACUCUAAUGAAUAAGUAUUUCAAUUAUUGCCUUAGAAUUUUAGUGUCCUACUUAUUGUGCACUAAAUAUGAAAACUUAUUACAGUCACAUUUGUAAAAAUUGCAUGUCAUUAAUACAUGUUUUGAAAAGGAAAACUUGGUUAAACACACACAGAUCAUAGAUGGGUUAUUAUGUUGGUUGAAAGAACAUGGAAGUUGAGUGUGUUUCACUGAUUUUGAAUGUCAUAAGUAAGCAAUAAAGAAAGCAAAAAUUAAUUUCA